AUGUGGUGUGCGAGCCCAGCAACAAUGGUGGCCUUUUGCACCGGGUUUUGGGUUUCUAAUUCCAUGCUGACGCGGGGUCUCGAAGCCCUGGGGCGGCCGGGGGCCGACUGUGAAGUGUGUAAAGAAUUCUUGAACCGAUUCUACAAUGCUUUGAUAGCCAAAGGAGUUGCCUUUUCUCUGGACAUCAUAGAAAAAGAAUUGAUCAACUUUUGCUUGGAUGUCAAAGGAAAAGAAAACCGGCUGUGCUAUUAUCUAGGAGCAACAAAUGAUGCAGCCACAAAGAUCCUCAGUGAAGUCACUCGCCCGAUGAGUGUACACAUGCCUGCGGUGAAGAUUUGUGAGAAGCUGAAGAAGAUAGACAGUCAGAUCUGUGAGCUGAAAUAUGAAAAGAAAUUGGACUUGGCAUCAGUGGACCUGUCGAAGAUGAGAGUAGCAGAGCUGAAGCAGAUACUGUAUAGCUGGGGAGAAGAGUGCAGGGCUUGUGCAGAAAAAUCAGACUACGUGAAUCUAAUUAAAGAACUGGCACCUAAGUACACAGAGACACACACAAGAACAGAGCUCUGA